CCUUAAGCCUAUGGAGUCUUUUACCCCCCUCGACGUGACGUCACGCAAUCUUGAAGAUCAAACGUCCUUUAKUGUCACCGAGGCCGCGGUUUUAAGGGCUCUCAAAAAUCUCAAUCCUCGGAAAGCUGCUGKUCCUGACGGCGUUCCUAACUGGCUACUACGCGAUUACGCCGAAAUUAUUGUCCUGCCAAUCACCUCAGUUUUGAACAGUAGCUUUAAAGAACAAUCGCUAYCGUUGUCAUGGAAACUUGCUGACGUUGUACCACUACCCAAGCAGAAACSAGUCGAAGACGUUUCAAAACAUCUCCGCCCUAUUUCUCUGACACCUGCCAUCUCCAAGAUUGCCGAGGACUUUAUCGUGUCAGCCCACGUUGGUCCAGCUGUUCUCAGUGUUGUYKACCCCAAUCAAUACGGUGGUAUCCCAAGAUCCUCUACCCUCUUCGCCUUAACGUCCAUGAUACACCACUGGUCCAAAGCUACCGACGGUACUGGUGCGGCCGUUAGGGUUGUACUUUUCGACUACCGAAAAGCGUUUGAUUUAAUAGAUCAUAACCUACUGAUGCUGAAGAUCCUUGACCUAGACAUCCCUGGGUGCGUUUCCAAUUGGGUGAUUGAUUUCCUCUGCGACCGGAAACAGCGUGUCAAAUUWUCAUCCGAUUGCCUAUCUGAGUGGGGGCCUGUCCCUGCCGGCGUACCUCAGGGUACCAAGCUCGGGCCCUGGCUAUUCAUACUYAUGAUUAACGAUCUAAAAGUCGACUCCUAUCUGACUUGGAAGUACGUGGACGAUACGACCGUAGCUGAGAUUGUGCCUCGUGGCGAUGUCGGAUCCGCUCAGAGUGCGGUGGCAACCGUUGCUAAUUGGACAUCCAAGAACAACAUGCAGUUAAACGCCGACAAGUGCAAGGAGAUUAUUUUUGAUUUUAAAAAGAACAAUCAUAAUUUUUCUCCUCUUACAAUCGAUGGAAAAGUUCUUCCUGUGGUAUCUUCCGCGAAGAUCCUCGGAGUUACCAUUUCGGAUAAUCUCAAAUGGAAUGAACAUAUUACCGAGUGUAUCCAUAAAGCCAACAAACGCUUGUUCUUCAUUGUCUGCCUGAAAAGGGCCAAUGUACCUGCUAAAGACAUUUUGGACUUUUAUUCUUAUCGUUCUACUGCUACAUUUGAAAUGGGUAUAAUUGCCCUUAUUUUACUCAACGCUUUCUUGGUUACUCAUUUACAAUCCAUCUACAGCUGUGAGGUKUACCGGUUCGUGGAGAGCAAUGUCUCGCAGGCUCUUGAUGGUCACGUGAUCAAGACUGUAAACCACCCAAUUCUCAAUCUUUGUUGGGGUGACUGCGUUUGGYUKCCAUGGUGCUUCUCKAUAAAUGUKCGYCAAASAAGUGAAGGAAUGUUYGUAUGUGAGUUGAAYAACUCWAGUAAAAAAGCAAAUCCACACAAGRUGGUGAARAGAGGAGGAUGGUCUUACUAUGAAAUGGCGAAUGUCACUGGUACCCGCCAGACAUGUCAAAUACAUGAAUGCAAGAGAAAAGAAGAUCUUGGCAAUGGAUGGCGUCGCUAUGGAGACGCUGCUAUCAAGCUAUUUUCAGAGAAGAAGAACUGGACCGAUGCUCGUCACUAUUGUCAGUCGUUAGGUGGUGAUCUUCUCUCCAUUACAAGCUCACACGAAAAUGAUUUUGUGAAGGAAGUCUUUCUGAAGCAACUGAGCAUACCCACCUAUAGAAAUGAUGUCCCAGACUUUGGUGUACCUUACCAAGAACUGUUGUUGAACCAAUCUUCGCCGAGUGUAGAACUAAAAGGAACGGCUGGCGAUGUGCUGUACAAAGCCGUAGAUGGAGAGACUGCUUUGUAUUUUAGUGGUAAAGCCGAUGGAUAUGCAGAUAUUCCUGARGUCGAUAUCAGUYCAGACGGGUUUACCAUUGCUUUUUGGAURAAGCCCCUCACCGAUGGCMCAAGUGGUAUUUGGGUUCRUCCUAUGMRACUCUAUAACCAACAGUCAUCKMWAAUUGGAUUCUUUUUCUACAAGACGGGAAGGAACGUUUUCAGUAUCCUAUUAACGUCCGAAMSUACAWAWCAWUUCAWAAUGGAUUUUGAUGUCUGGCACCAUGUUGUUCUCAGUGUUAAUAUCAUUACUGGUAUUCGGCAUGUCGUCAUGGAUGGGAUAGAUUUUAGUACUUGGAACAGCAGCAUACACACCUCAGUCAAAAACAAGAUGAAGCUUACUUUGGGAGCUAUCAAAAAUUUCUAUGGGUACAUUAAGAGAAUCUUGGUCAUUCAAAGAGCGUUGGAUAUCAAUGAGAUUCAAACAAUUACAUUUUGGAAUGAGCACGGUUCGUGGAUUGGUCUGAACGAUCAAGAAAACACCGGUCAAUUGAUUUGGUCUGACGGUACUUCUGUUGGUCAGUUCAUACCUUUCCUAAGAGAAAUGCCCAAACCAUCAGUCUCUGGACGGAAGUGCGUUGCUGUUAAUAAAAAUGGGACAUGGCUUGAUAAAUUGUGCAGUAUGAAGAACCCAUUUUUUUGUGAGAAACGGUUAAACAAUUGAAUACUAUUUUCUUCUGAACUUUUGAUAACGGGACAUUUGCGAUUCGUCAUAAUUUAGUGGUUUUAAAUAUUCCGUCGUUAGGGAC